GCGAUUAAUUAACAUUAGCUAUGUUAGCAGUUAGCAGUUUCAUGACCACUUUCAUUUAUUUUGUCGUUCAGUGUUGAGAGUUUGUCCAGAGUCGUGCAGUAAUUUUGAAUUCACGCAAAUAUGAUCAUUAACUGACGUUAUAAUUAGGGGCACAGUCUAUUUCUGUCCGUUUUCUCAAGAAACAUUGGACACCACGUUCUCAUUAGCUACACUACUUCCUUGUUUAGCUAUUUGCCAGGGUCUGUUAGUUGACGAACAUUUUUGUGUCUCGUGGCUCCUUGUAGGCUAUAUUUAGGUCUUUUGUGUUUGCAAUUCCGAAUAAGACAAGAAAUCGACUCGACAGGGGUAGACGGCGCACUUGUUUAAUUCCACGACAGUGUGGGGUUUUGUUUACAUCCUUGGCCCUGUUUAGUUCUGUUUUUCUUACUAUGUUUACCCCUCCUUCACCUUUCCCUAGGAAAGAGAAAACAAGUUUGUCAGAGUUAGCACUGUAGCUGGAUGAUGGAGACGGAAAACGACCAGCAAGAAGAGGAAACCACUUUUAGCAGCACAGAGAGCAAUGGCAAGCGCCCAGCCCAGGACAUGGACGAAGAACCGACCUAUAAACGCUCACGGAAGGCGGAUGAUGUGGUAGAGCUCCGCGUGCUGCUGCAGAGCAAAAAUGCUGGAGCUGUGAUUGGGAAAGGUGGCAAGAACAUCAAAGCUCUCCGCACUGACUACAAUGCCACUGUGUCAGUCCCAGACAGCAGUGGGCCCGAGCGGAUCCUUAGUAUCAGCGCAGACAUCCCCACCGUUGCCGAGAUACUGCUGAAGAUCAUCCCCACACUAGAGGAGUACCAACAUCAUAAAGGGGUUGACUUCGACUGCGAGUUGAGGCUGCUGAUCCAUCAGAGUUUGGCAGGCAGCAUCAUUGGUGUGAAGGGGGCCAAAAUCAAAGAGCUUCGUGAGAGCACCCAGACCACCAUCAAGCUGUUCCAGGAGUGCUGCCCUCAGUCAACUGACCGCGUGGUGCUGGUAGGGGGCAAAGCGGAGAGGGUCGUCGAGUGCAUUAAGACCAUGCUGGAGCUCAUCGUCGAGGCUCCCAUCAAAGGGCGCGCUCAGCAGUAUGACCCCAACUUCUACGACGAAACGUACGACUACGGCGGCUACACCAUGAUGUAUGAGGAGCGGGGCCGGCGUCCGAUGGGUGGCUUCCCGUCGCGCGACCGCGGUGGGGGCGGGGGUGGCUUCGAUCGCAUGGGACCCCGUGGUGGGCGUGGCGGUGGCCAUCACAUGCCCCCCGGUAGGAGGGACUACGACGACAUGAGCCCGCGCCGGGGCCCGCCCCCACCCCGAGGUGGAGGGCGGGGAGGGGGCCGCCCACCGCGGAACAUGCCCAUGGGACCACCCCACCACCGCAGAGGCGAUGACCAGUAUUCCUUCAGUUCCCACCGUGGUCACUCGGACGACAGGCGGCAAGGGGACCGGAGAGGCAGACCUGGAGAUCGCUAUGGCGGCAACAUGAAUGAUGGUGGAUAUGACAACAACUCAACCUGGGACAGCUAUCAGUCUGGUGGGAGAGGUAACUAUGGUGACAUGGGAGGCCCUGUCAUCACCACGCAAGUGACAAUCCCCAAAGAUUUGGCUGGGUCGAUCAUCGGCAAGGGAGGCCAGAGGAUUAAGCAGAUCCGCCACGAGUCCGGCGCGUCGAUAAAAAUUGACGAGCCUCUGCAGGGCUCCGAGGAUCGCAUCAUCACCAUUACGGGCACGCAGGACCAGAUCCAGAACGCGCAGUACCUGUUACAGAAUAGUGCUCUCCACCUUCUGGGACACCGUGACUAGCCCCGCCCUGUUCCUACCUUUCUCAGGAUGUCCCGCCCACUGCAGCUCCACCCAAGCUCCCUCCCAGAGUGCCAGCACACGGCCCCUUUCUGCCUCCUGCUGCCACCUACAGCCACUACUAUUUUGUGUGUGAAACCCAUUUGGUUAUUCCCUUUCUACAUUGGUUUGAAAGAAUUUUCAGAUAUCUUCAGAAUGUCUUUGAUUGAGAGUUGUUUUAUAUAUUUUUGCUUGACCUUUUUUUUUUUUUUUUUUUUUUUUUAUCUCGAUUUUGUUAUAAGGGGCACAUUUUCCAAUGCUUCACCAACCUGUGUAGGGUUUUGAUUUUCGCUGGAUGUUUGUUGCAGGUCCUCCUUUGCGCUCGAACAGCUGCAUGCGUUUUCUCUGUUUCUUCUCACCCAAUCAUUGCAAGUCAAUCCAGAAUGUACACAACCCUGGGAUUUUUUUUUUUUAAUUAUUAUUUUUAAUAACUGCUUAGUUUCUCUUACCGAGUUGGAAAACAACCUUUACUGGGGCGUUAUAGACAAAAUUAUAUGUAAAUAUCCAGUGAUUUAUAUGGAAAAAUAUUCAGUAUAUUCAACAAAAUUCCUGUACCUGUUGUCUGUGUUGGUCUCCCCAUGACGUAGAGCUCCAGACUUCAGAAAAGCUCCUCUCUAGGUACUAUGAAGUCUGAGAGAUGUGGUCUUGAUGUUGCUUCUGUAUCUAUUUUCUCUCUCCAGUGUGUUGCUGGGUUUUUAAAACCUGGUACUUAUUCAAUUUGCUCUACCUCUGGAAUUUUUGUAGGUCUGCCACUCUAAAAUGAGGCCCAUCGUGUGUGUUUUGUUUGAGAAAUAAAGUGGACAUGAAGUUGUGCUGUAGAUUGUAUUCUGUGUCAGGGCAGAAAAGUAAUUUGGGGUUUCUUCCCUUUUUUUCUUUCUUUUUUCUUUUUUCUUUAUUUUUUAAUUUUUUACUCAACUUGUCUUUGAAGUUCUUCACCCAGAUACAUUUGUAGAAUUUGUCAUUUGUCAGAAAUAAUAAACGAAAUGCCAGUUUUUUAUGAA